AUGAAUUUGGUAGAAGUUCAGCCCCGGCGCAACAUUAGACGAGAAGAAUACGUAUCCAAGUUCCCUCUUAGUCAAGGCAAGAUUCCUGGGCUCGAGGGUCCGAAGAUUAGUCUGACAGAGACAAUUGCGAUAAGCCUCUAUCUUGCAAGACUUUCAAACACCGCGCAUUUACUAGGUGAUGGGUCUCUCGAACAGGAAGCUCAGGUCAUUUCUUACGUGAGCUGGGCAAAUGAGGAGCUCUUAAACAUCUUGGCCAAGUGGUAUCUUCCGUUGAUCCCGAACUUCGCUAAUCCUCCACCGUAUGACCGGGAGGCUGUCGAAUUAGGCAAGAAGCAAUCUCUUGCCCUGUUGAAUAAAGUCGAAGAACAGAUAGGGCCCAAGGCAUAUCUGGUGGGUAACAGUCUUACGCUAGCGGAUAUAUUUCUAGCUAUAUUCAUCUCUCGGGGUCUCGAGUGGGUCUUGGGUGCUGAAUGGCGAGAAAGACAUCCCAACAUUAUGCGAUAUUUCUUAAGAUUUGCUGAUAUGCCAGAGGUGAAGGAAGUAGUACCUCAUUUCAUACUCAUCGACAAGGAGACUGCGAAUGAGGACCCUUACGCCAAAAAAUAA